CUCGCUUAUCCGAUUGGUGGAAUUUGAAAAUAAGUAAGCGCGACAGUUUGGGAGAUGAGACAACACAAAUAAAACACAGCAGCGAAGUUAAAAGCAAUAAUAUCAAACACACUUUGUCCUUUAACAGCCCUAGCAAUAUGAUGGAAUCAGGGCUAAAGGAUGACCCGGCAAGACCGGAGAUGUUAGUUGUGGAAGAUUUAAGAAGAAAUCUCUCCUCAGAGUUCAGCGAGUGUUCAGAUUUCCAGGACCCGUCUGACCUGGAGAAGGAACAUUUGAAGGUGUAUCUAAGGAUAAGACCAUUUUCAGCAGCUGAGAUUGAGAAUGGAGAAUCACAGGACUGUGUGGCCAUUCAGCCUCCAGAGACCGUGCUCCUCAAAGCUCCACAAUCAUCUCUUUCUGCUAGGCUCAGCGAUAAAUCAGUGCCAGUUACAGCUCAACGUUUCCAGUUCUCUCAGGUUUAUGGAUCAGACACUACACAGAAGGAGAUGUUUGAUGGCACAGUGAAGGGUCUAGUGAUGGAUGUGCUAGAGGGGCACAAUUCCCUGGUCUUCACAUACGGUGUCACCAAUGCUGGGAAGACUUUCACUUUUUUAGGUCCGGAUACUGAUCCAGGCAUCUUACCUCGUUCCCUCAACAUGAUCUUCAGUAGUCUGGAUGGUCGCAUCUUCACCCAGAUGUGCCUAAAACCCCAAAGGUGCCGGGAUUUCAUCAGGCUCACCAAAGAGCAGCAAAAUGAGGAGGCAGUUGGCAAACGCAACCUGCUCAAACUUUUUAAAGAGACUGAUGCACAGAAGAGUUCGUCUUGCCAUAGCUCCAAGUCUGAUCUUGAAGAUGCUCUUUGUGAUAUAAACUCAGUAAAUGACAGGAGUUUGGCUGUGGAAAUGGAUGCACACACCAAGUUUUCUAUUUGGGUCUCUUUCUGUGAGAUCUACAAUGAGAACAUUCACGACUUGCUAGAACCGCAUUCAAACAAUGCUUCACGGAGAACCAAUCUCCGUCUUUGUCAGGAUGUCAAAGGAAACUCAUUUAUCAAAGAUCUGAGAUGGGUGCAGGUGAGCAGUGCUGAUGAAGCAUUAAAAGUGAUGAAACUGGGCAAAAGGAACCAGAGCAUUUCUAGCACUAAACUCAACCUGCUCUCCAGCAGAAGCCACAGUAUUUUCUCUGUCCGGAUCCUGAAGGUGGAAGAUGUGGGAAUACCCAGAGUGGAGUCAGUCAGCGAGCUGGCGCUGUGUGAUCUGGCCGGAUCAGAGCGAUGUGCGAAAACACAAAAUAAAGGUGAACGGCUCAAAGAGGCAGGAAACAUCAACACUUCUCUACUCAGCCUGGGAAAAUGCAUCAAUGCACUCAGAAAUAACCAGCAGGCCAGACAGCACAUUCCAUUCAGAGAGAGUAAACUCACUCACUAUCUGCAGGGGUACUUUACCGGCCGGGGCAAAGCCUGUAUGAUUGUAAACAUUAACCAGUGUGCCUCCAUGUAUGAUGAGACACUCAACGUACUCAAGUUCUCUGCUGUAGCUCAAAAGGUGGUGGUUCUCACUACUAAGAGCAUUCCAGUGGUGGUGAAAAGGAGUGCUAGAGAGGUGUCCUUCAUUAUCAACAACGUUGAUCGCCGGGAAAUGCGGCGUAGCUCGCUGGUACGAUGGGACCCCAGCCUUGAGGAUGUCCAGGAAGAUUCUGACACUGAGGAUGAAGAGGAGAGUGAAAUGGAGGACACCAUUCUGGAUGCUGAGGACGAAGGGAAAGAGACUGUGCUGCUCGAUAAGGGGAUUUAUGAGGCCCAGCUGCAAUUUAUAGAGGAGAUUCAGCAGCAGUUGAGGAAGGAGACCGCUGAACACUUAAAUAUCGAGGCACGUGUUCGAGAUGAAGUUACAAAAGAGUUCUCUGAACUGAUUUCCCAGAUGCAGGAAGAUUACAGUGAGCGAAUAACCAGAGAGAGGGAACUAAUUGAAGAACGGUGUGAACGGAGACUGGAGAUUCUCAAAAACCUGGUUGGAAAAACAGCUGUGGGGGAUGACAGCAUGAAUUCAGCUGCGACCAAAUCAGAGGAAGAGAAUCAUGACUCUCUAGACAGCAUACUUGACUCUAUGAGCAGUGACCUGGCUGGAAUUAGACAGGAUGCCCAGGCUGCCCAGUCCUGCUUGGUGACCUCUGACCCUAAAGUCUCUAUGACGUUGCUAGGCCUCGAGAAAAAGGUCUCAGAGCUUUCAGAACAGCUCAGUGAAACUCAGAACCAGCUGUUACUCAAAACACAGGAGCUGGAAACUCAGAGCAGACUGUCAGAUGAGCUGGAGGAGGCGAAGAAGGCUCUGGAGAGCCACAGGCAAAAGGAAUGGGAACUAAGUGAAAUGUGCAGACAAAAGGAUGAGAUGGUUUCCAAACUCCAGACAGCUCUUGACCAACAUGUAGAAAAGACGGCUCAGGAUAGAACUCAAAUUGACUCCAUCAAAAAGGAAAACAUCCAUCUUAAACGCAAUUGUACCUGCUCAGAGCAGCGGCCCGAAACCCGGACUGAAACCAGAAAGCGGCGUCAGGAAGGGGAGGGGCUUGAUGAACAGCCCCCACUCAAGAAAGGUCCCCUGGAGGACUCAAAAGUCCAAGAUGAUGUUACAGAUAAUGGAUGUCAAGACUCCGCCCUUCUUAAGGUCGAAGGUCAGCUGGAGUGUUACCUUGCUGAAUCCAAACAAAAAGACAAGCAGAUCACAGAUCUGGAGCAGGAGUGCCACACAUUAAAGGUUUGCAUCCAGGAUCUGAAGUCUAAACUGGAAGAAAGAGUUUCUCAGGAGAAGGUACAUCAGACAUCUUUGGAAACAAAACCAGUGGUAGCUGAAGUUGUGUCCAAUGUUAGCAACACUACAGAACAUUUAAAAGGUGCAUAUCAAGAACUGGCUGCUGCCAAAUCGCAAAUGGCUAAGCAAGAUCACAAACUGGGAGAGAAGGACAAACACAUUUUGACUUUUGAACGGGAAAUUACACUACUGAAACAGGAAGCAGAAACCUCCACAAUAGCUGAUCUCAAAAAAAUCAUCUCUGACCUGCAGGCUGAGGUGACAACCCUUUGUGAGGUCAAAGCUGAACUACAAGAGAAGGUCAAAUGCCUUGAGAAAGAGAAGGAGGAGAGAAACUCAGCACAUUUGUCUAAAGAGAAGGGGCUUACAGAUAGGGAGGUGGGGCUGAUGAACCCUAACACUCUUGGAUCUAAAAGCAUUGAGACCCAUAGCAAAAUAAAAAUGGCAAUGCCAGAAAAGGAGGCUGAGCUGGCACAGAGGGAGAACGCCCUAGUGUUAAAGGAGGCUCAGCUGUUAGUGCUGCAGAAAAAGCUGAAGGAAGCGCAGGAGCGCCUGGAGGAGGAGGAGACGCAAGCUGUCCAGGAAGCGCGCAGGAGGGAGGCGGAGAGGAGGAGAGAGCUGCUGGCUGUGGCAGAGGAGGCCAUUGCUCAGAAAGAUGCAGAGCUACAAAAGCGACAAGAAGAGAUCAACCGGUUAAAGGAGGAGAUUAAAACUAGUGAGUCUAAGUUGAACAGUAUGGCUGUCGAUCUGCGCAGAAGGGAAGAUGAUUCAUCAGAUCUUCGGGAAAAACUCUGUGACUCAAAGAAACAGAUUCAGCAGGUCCAGAAAGAGAUCUCCUCCAUGCGGGAUGCUGAGAAAUCUCUACGAAUGAAGCUCAGUGAUCUAGAAAAGACUAAAGCACAGCUUCAGAAUGAGAUUGCCAGCAGGGAACGCACCAUCAACCACCUGAAAGCUGAACGAUCUUCUGAAUCAAAGUCAGAUGAGAAUCUGCUGCUCUAUCAGAAAGCAUGUAAUGAUUUGCAGGAGCGCGAGCGUGUUAUUGAAGACAUGCGUUUGGCUCUGACAGAACAGGAGGAAACACAGACAGAACUGGACGUGGAGCUGGACAACAGAGAAGCUCAGAUAAAUGAGCUCACUCAGGAAUUGAUGAGGUUGAAAGAAAUGCUUCCUGAACAGAAGAACAGGAGAGAUUCCAUAUCAGUCACUGAUGACAUUUUACAGGCCAGGCAACAGACCACUCAGGCCCAGGAGAGCUUAAAGCUGGCCAAUGAAAAGCACCAGGCAGAGCGCAGGAAGUGGAUGGAGGAGAAGUUGGUUCUGAUUGGUCAGGCUAAAGAGGCUGAGGAGAGAAGGAACCAGGACAUGAGGCGAUUUGCUGACGAUCGAGAACGGCAUGCUCGCCAACAGGUCGAAAUGGAGUCUCUUGCCACACGUCUUGCUGCUCGUGAGGAAGAGAUGGAAAGCUGGAGAAAAGAGAGAGACACACUCGUCUCUGCUCUAGAGAUUCAGCUGAAGAAGCUCAUCACAUCCAAUGCAGAGAAAGACCAACAGAUCAAGAUCCUACAGUCCACAAACACUCCCCAAACACCAGAGGAGGUCACUGAGGACAGCAGCACUGAGGCACUGCAGGCACAGCUGGCUGCAAAGGAGGCAGAGAUCCAGAAACUAAAGGAAGAGCUCCGUGUCAGUGUCAUAGACAGCAGCCUUCGGAGAAACUCAUCAACCCAGACGUUGGAAGCCGAAUUAUCUGAUAUGAAACCUCUGAACACCAGCACACUUAAAUACGCAACUGGAACCAGAGGAUCUGUCAGCAGUCAGAGUUCGUCCGGGAGCUGUCCGCUGGUGCUAGAUUCGUCAGAGAUCUCCACGGAAACAGGCAGACGUUCCAGGUUCCCGCGGCCCGAGCUGGAAAUAUCCUUCAGCCCUCUGCAGCCUGAUCGGUUCGCUCUAAAGCGGCAGGGUGAAGACUCUGCCGUUACUGUAAAAAUCUCCCGACCCACACGUAAGAGGAAGAGCGGAGAAAUGGAGAAGGAUGGGGUGGAAAGUGAGAACCUCAGGAAUACAAGGAGUAGAAUGACUCCUCGCCUAACGCCUCAUCAGGAAGAGCCCUCUAAUGCCCAGGAGUCGAACCAAAAAGGGAAAAAAGACAAAACCAUCCAAAAGAUUGGAGACUUUCUUCAGGGCUCUCCUACCUUUCUUGGAAGUAAAGCAAAGAGGAUCAUGGGACUGAUGAGCGGAAAGUCCCCUGAUGGUGGGGCGAUGUCUCUAAAACUCAAAUCCAAACGUGACAAACGAAAACACGACAGACCAGCUAUCUCCUCCCCAAUGGACAUACCAGCCCAUCAGAUCAUUGGCCGGAAUCCAGAGGAGAAAGAAAGUGAAAACCUUAUCAAGAAACGUCUUCGUACUAGGAUCGUGAAAUAAGCUGGAGAGAAAUAUUUUUUUAUUCAGUAUUUUUUUUUUUUUUUUUUUUUGUAUUUUAAAUCAAACUAGUUUUUAAAACCUAUUUUCUUUUUCUUUUUUUUUCUUUUUUUUUUUUACUUGUAAUCUGUCGCACUUUUCAUUUACAAUGUCAUAUUAUGCAUUAGCUAUCGUAUAUUGCACAUAAUAUAUUACCCUGGAAAUACUAACUAACACUAGCGCUGCUUUUAAUGGCACGUUGAAAUGACGGACAGUUUUCAUAAGCUCAUGUAUGGAAGACUGAACAAAUCUUUGCUGCUUGAGUUGGAAUGGAAGUUCAGAAAUCACUACUGCACAUUUCUGACACAAGGUAUUUAAACCACGGUUAUUUGUUUUCAUUGUCCUUGUGCUGCCCUGCAUGUAAAUGCCUAACUGUUGUUUCCCCCUAACCACUUACUACUUUGCACACGUAUACACCCAAAAUAUAGCACAAAGUAAAAGUUCAUGGGUUUUUGUGAUUUUAAUUUUCAUACCACUUGUCAACCUUCUUUUGUUUCUGUGUGUAUCACCCUGUCACAAACCAUUAAUAUGUGCCAUUCACAUGAUAAAGACUCUCCAUUACCACGUCAGUAAAACUGUAUGCCAGAUGCCUAAUGACACCCAGAGGACUAUUCGUUUGAAUUACUGAACAAAUGCUUAUGUAACAGACGGGUAAUUGAAUUUCCCGAUCGCAGCGCGUGGCCCUGUGCCCUUAUCUAAGAUGGCAUAAAAGAAGAGAGGGGAAGGGUGAGGAACUGGGAACAGGUCUAUGUCUUUGUUGGCACUGAAUGACAGGAUGUGAACGGGGUGGCUGCUUGCAAUGAUGAAUCACGGUUUUGAUAGUGUCGAAAGUGUGGGAGCAUGUGGUGAAGACAAAAUGGAGGAGUGAAAAUUGGCUGUGUGAGGAGGAGGAAUAAGGAGAGAUGAAAAGAAAGAAAAGAAAAAAAUACAAAAUGAACCACGUGCACCCCAGCUGUGCUUGUGCAGGUCUUUGCAGGGCAAUUUUCCUUGAUUUCAUAAUUGUGAGUGUCAGAAAUGGGGUGUGAAAAACUUCAUUCACAGUCUGUUUUGUUUACGUGCCCAUAUAUGUAUUUCCUUCCGGUCCACUUACGCACAUAUGGAUGUUUACAUUUCCCAGUUCAUAUAGGGUCAUGACACUGUAAUUAUGCGUUCUGUUUGUACGUGUUAUAUGCCACUGUUUGUCUGUUUUUUUUGUUUUUUGUUUUUGGCGCAAGGUGACUCAUUGUCCGUGUCAUUUGAUUGCGUCACUUAAUUGACGCGAUGACACACAAAGUCUAGUCUUUUUAUAUUUUGUUCCAAUUUCUUUUUGUCUCGUUCCUCUGCGUGUAGAAAACGGCGGGGAGGCAUGUAAGCAUCAGCUUGAUCCGAGGCAUCCAGGCCUGGUAAACAAUGCAGUAAUAAUCAUCUGCCGUACCUAUAAUUUAGGGCAGAAAAUUACCACAUCAUUUGAAAUGAUAAACAGGCAGAGUGCAGCUCUAUCUUUCCCGGCACUCCGUCAUGUGCUGAAGAGACAGAAGAACUGAGAGCCUGUGGGGAUGGGUCUAAUUGCUUGGCCUCAUCAGGAGAUGCGCUUUAAAUAGGUUUGAAACAAAGUAGUCAGUCCGUCGAGAGGAAUGCUGGGUGAAGAUUUCCACUUUGUGUAUCUGAUUGCUUUAAUCCAACCAAUUUGUUCAGACUGUGAGAAAAUUGACGCUCUGUAGUCACAUGCGCCAUCUUGCCCUAUUUGUGCCAGGGUGAGGGUUUGAUAUAGUGCUGAGUGACUAUAAUUUUGUACUGUUGAAAUGAAGCGUUUUUUCCUGACAUGUCCUAGUUGUACAUGCAGAAACAAAAUAUGUUCAGUAUGUUUAAAUAUGUAAAAUGUCCAUCAGUGAAACAGGUGAUCAAGACAGUUCAUAAACACAUUAUUGCAAUUAAAGGCAGGUAUGUUUUUUAAAAAAAAUACUUUAAUUUAAGAUUUAUGUAUUUGAACUGCAUAUAAAAUUUACAUACGUUUUAACAUUAAGUAGUAAACUUAGUGUGAUGCAUAUUUGGCAGUCAUUCAUAAAGAAAUAGAUAUUUAUGUAUAUAUCAUCAAUAAAAAGAU